AUGGCACAACUUCCUUACGCGAUCGACGCGGAGACGCCUCUCAACCCCGCCGAGCUGGCAGUACUUCGGACGCAGUACGAGCGGGAAGGGGACAUGGUGGGCCUCCAGACAAAGUUCAACUACGCCUGGGGACUCGUCAAGUCUAGCACCCGCCAAGAGCAGCAACUCGGCGUGAUGUUGCUCGCCGAAAUCUUCCGGGUAUCCACCGAGCGACGCCGCGAAUGCCUCUACUACCUCGGGCUGGGUAACUACAAGUUGGGCAACUACGGCGACGCGCGAAAGUACAAUGACAUCCUGCUAUCUAAGGAGCCUGGGAACCUGCAAGCGCUGAACCUGCAGUCGCUGAUUGACGAGAAGGUGGCAAAGGAAGGGCUCAUGGGCGUGGCCAUCGUCAGCGGUGUUGCAGUUGUGGCCGGCAUCGUCGGCGGCGUGCUGCUCCGGAAUCUGGGGCGGAAGAGGUGA